GCGACAGGAGGCGCGCUGAACUAUCAGCGCUCUCUAGAGGCUGAGGCCGGCGUAUCGGCGAGACAUCGGCGCAACCGGAACCGCCAUCUACCCGAGCCUGCUGCCGCUUUCACACGGCUUGUCAAGGUUACCUUGGGUGCGGCGUUUUUUCUGCAGCCCGCUUCUAUCCCGCAGCGGCAGCGACGGCGAAAGGACGCAAGCUGAACUACUCGCUACAGGCUUUGCAGAUUUCCAAGAAUGCCGGACACCACGUACCACGUGUGCGGAUUUGCGAGUGGCCUCAACUGGCGGCCCGUCAAAUUCGUGCAGCGCCUGGAGACCACCAGAGUCUGCCGGCUUUGUGGGGUCGUGCCGCAAAGCAUAGCCGUGCUGCCUUGUGCGCACUUGUUGUGCGGCUCCUGCUUGGACGGAUGCGCCAGUGAAGGUGGCCACGCCUGUCCACUGGACAAGAUCUCGUUCGAAGCCGAGUCGGACGUCUCUUGGAUAACGUUUCACCAGAAGAACAUGGAAAAGCUACAGGUAAGCUGCUGGAACGCCCACAACGGCUGCGACUUCAUGGGCACUGCCGGGGACCUGCUGGAGCACUUUGAGAAGCACUGUUCCUUCCACGCCACCAGGUGCCCUCGCUGCCGGGACGCAGUGUUGCGUAAGGACUUGCCGAGACACUACGAAGUUGGAUGCAGCGGGGUCGCGUCAGUGCAGCUGAGCGCUGCCGGGCACGUCGCCUCAAUCGACGUGUCCACACGGAAGGCUAAUGACGAGCCGGCGGUCGAUUGCUCUUGCCACGACAUGCUGACGUCCAUCCAGGGCAGGGUCAACGACCUUGCCGAGACCCUGGCGAGACUCAGCUCCAGACAACUUCAAGAGGAAGCGAUUGAGACGGACUCGACCACCACCCUGGGCGCAACGAGACGACAGGCCGCAGAUUCUGUGCAUGACCUAACGCCGCUGCCGGUAACCGCGGAUCUCCGGGCUCUCGUGUCAGCGUUGAACGAGAUGAAGGUCGUCGUCGCUGAGGGAUUCCGGAAACUGGAACGAAAAGUGCGGAUGGAGGAUCUCCCGGCUGGCACGUCGCCGAUGCAACAGGCGCAGGCGGACGUCUCCAGCCGACCGGCAGAGGGUGGACCGCCUCCGCCGUCUGUACUCCUCGAAAUGCCGGGCAGUACUGCAGGACGCCAUGACGUCCAGAGCAAUGACGCUGCUACAGAACUCAUUGUGUUUAGCUUGCUGUACACGCCUUGUGAGGUGGCGGGGCAGUUCAGUACAGCGAAGUACUUCGGUUCUGAUAUCUACCUGGACAAUGAGAACACCGGCGUGAGCGUCAAGUGCUACAUGCGAGGGAACGCGAGCUUCGUCGCUGUCGAAGGCAUGGUUAGCAAGCCCGAGAACUGGAAAGUGCGCGUCGUCCGGCCCUUGCGCGUUGAAGAUUUGAGUUCGCCGUACUUGAGGAAGUGGGUGUCUGGAGAAGUGUGCGAAAUGCAUUACGGUCUUCCGUUGAAACCUCGGCAAAUCAAAUUGUGGUGCCUUCUUGACACGAUCCCCCUAGCUAGAAAAAUGAUACCAGACGGAGGAUUUCAAAUAGACUUUUCGAUGGAACUGGAACGGUGCGUUUCCCUGUGA